AUGUUAUGCCCUGCUGAAAACUUUAGAAUCUAUAAUGCAUGUGAGACAAUGGCAAAUUUUGAUUCUACUGUCAUAAAAGAGUUGCAUCGGGAUACAGAUAAUAACAAACACCAAGUUACAGAAAAUUGUGACCAAAUAAUUAUUAACAAUGAGAAUACUGAAUAUAGGCUCAUGAAUCCAAACGCAGAAAGUGUUCUAACUAGUUCUAGUACAGCAAAUAGGCGCGAUCCUACUGAACCCUUGAUAAAAUGUGAAGCUACAGACGAAGUGAAGGUAGAAAACGAUUCGGACAUUGACACCAGUGGAAUUACAAGUAUUAAUGAAGAAUACAUUAUUAAGAAUGAGCAUGAUGAUGAUGCUGGCUCUAUUGAUUCAGUGUCUAAUAUAUUACGUAGGCAUUUGAGGGAGCAGCCAGGGGCAGAAGGUGGCUGUCCGCUUGUAACAUGUAUUCACUGUAAUGCUAGAUUCAAAGAUAAGACAACUCUGGAUAAUCAUAUAAUUAAGAAUCAUCCUGAGCAUAUUGCACCACAGGAACAUUGUUUAUUCAAAGCCACCUUGAAAAAUCGGCUAGCUAUACUUAUGGGAAGCCAUCCAGAAGGUGACUGUGAACCUAAAAAUGAUUUUUCUAAGCAUAUGUUGGAGCAUCCUGUAGAAAAAGUGAAGUUAGAAAACGAUUUGGAUACUGAAAACUGUGGAAUUACAAUAAUCACUGAGGAAUACAUUAUUAAAAAUGAUGAUGAUGAUGAUGGCUCUAUAACGUCAGUUUCUAGGCCGAGGUUGAAGAAAACUUGUUUGGCUACCAGCGUCCAAAAAGAAACAGAAUCGGAAAUUCACUUGGAUAGUAAAGAAUUUAAAGUCACUCAAGUGACCCAUGAAGAUAUUAUAACUGAGAAACAGAUACUUUCAGAGAUGGAAAAAGAAAAAAUAAAGGUGGAAAAUGACUUGGAUAGCAAGGAAUUUGGAGUCGCGCAAUUCACCCAUGUAUUCAUUAAAGAUGAGGCUGACCAUUUUAUUGAUACAGAUACCGCAGACACUUUUAAUCCUACUGCCAUGAGAUUUGAAGGAACUAGUGACGGGGUUCUCGAAAUAGAGCUGCAAAAGGGUACAGAUAAUAGCAAAUACCAAGUUAGAGAAAAUUGUGAUCCACUGAUUAUUAAAAAUGAGAUUGAUGAAUAUGGGUUUAUAAAUGAAAAUAUGGAAAAUGUUUCAACAAGCAUAUCAAGUGAGCAAGGCUUUACUAAAUCCUGGAUAAAAUGUGAAGCUGUUGAAGAAUUCAUGUCAGAAAAUGAUUUGGACUCUGACAACAGUGGAAUUGCAGGAAUCACUGAGGAAAUCAUCAUUAAAAAAGAGGAUCAUACGAUUAUAAAACAUGAUGACUCUUCACCAACCACUGCAAAAGAUAAACUCUUUGUGUGUAUUGACUGUAAUGCGACAUUUAAACUUACCCAAAUGACCCAAGAACUUAUGAUUAAAAAAGAGACUGAGGAGGUUUUUGAAGAAAAAGUAGAUGCGGACAAUGACUUGGAUAGAAGGGAAUUUGAAGACACAAUAACUCCCGAACGUGCUAUUAAAAGUGAGAAAGGGGAAGUAUUCGAGAUACAAAAAGUAAAAAUAGAGGUGGAAAAUGACGAUAAAAAGGUUUUUGCAGUCGAUCAGAUUGCCAAUGUAUUUAUUAAAGAUGAGUAUGGCCAUUGUAUUGAUACAGAUACAGCAGACACUGUUUCAGAUAGAACCUACAAUAUUCAUGAUACAAAAGCAAAUAUUGAUCAUAGUUUCAUGAGCUUUGAAGGAUCCAAUGAGCAAGUUUUUGAAAUGCAAGAGGAAGAAAUUAUGCAAAAGAGUGUGGAUAAUAAAUACGAUGCUACAGGAACUUUUGACCAAGUGAUUAUUAAAACUGAGGAUGAUGUACAAAGCACAAAAGAUGAGCCUGCUUUCACUAACCCUUGGAUAAAAAGUGAAGCUGGUGAAGAAUUGAGGUUGGAUAAUGAUUUGGACAUUGAGACAGAAAUCAAUAGGGAACCCAUAAUUGAAAAUAUUUUGAAACAUCCUAGGUCAGAGCUUAAUAUGUGUAUCCACUGUAAUGUGACAUUUACAAUAAAACGAAGCUUAGAUGAUCAUAUUAUCAGGUUACAUCCUGACUUGAUUGCUGAGGUUUCUAGUAAAAUACAUGCAUGUUCGCAUUGUAACUAUAGAACUACUAGGAGAGAACGUUUAGUUCAACAUAUGCUGAAGCACCCUGGGUUAGAAGGUAGCUAUAAGCUUUUACAGUGUGACCACUGUGAUGGGGAGUUCAGAUAUAAGACAAUUUUAGAUGAUCAUAUAAUUCAGAAACAUCCUGACUAUACUGCAUUAGUUUCAAGUAAAAUAUAUGAAUGUAAAGAUUGUGCAUUCAAAACUACCUUGAAGCGUAAUUUAGAUACACAUAUGAGGAAACAUUCAGAGGCAGAUGGUGGUGGCCAGCUUAAAACGUGUAUUCACUGUAACGCGACAUUCACAUCUAAGAAAAGUUUAGAUGAUCAUAUAAUUAAGAAGCAUCCUGACUAUAUUGCAUCAGUUUCAACAAAAAUACAUAAAUGUAAAUAUUGUGAAUUUAAAACCACCUUAAAGCGUGAUAUAGAUAGACAUAUGAGGAAGCACCCAGAGGCAGAUGAAGGUGGCUGUCAACUUGAAAUGUGUAUUCACUGCAAUGAGAGAUUCACCUCUAAGAAAAGUUUGGAUGAUCAUGAAACAUCCUGA